UUAAUACCUAUUUGAAUAUGUUGAUAUAUAUAUAUAUAUCUAAUGUAUACGUACUAAAGAAUUCUUACUUUACCCCGCAACACAUGUAUGCGCGUAUCCUGAACAUGAAGUGUACACGCCAUACAUUAGCUACCGAUCUAUUUCAAGUAAAUGUAUUCUAUAAAAAAUUCAUUAUCUUUAUUUUCUUCAUUUUAUUUAUCUUGAUCUUUUUCUUAGCCACGGAAAACUUGACAAUCCCCCCAAACCUGAAAGCACUGAAAUGGGUACCCCAGAAUGACAUUCUUGGCCACGAAAAGACCAAGGCUUUCGUUAGUCACAUGGGCAUAAACGGAGCCGCUGAAGCUGCGUAUCACGGUGUGCCGAUUGUCGCUGCGCCCUUUAAAGGCGAACGGUUCCAUAAUGCAAUUCUGUUCUCUAAGAGGGUAAAAAUGGCAAAGUUUAUUGACAUUGUAAAUGCUGACGCAGAUACAUGGCAACGAACUAUCGAAGAAGUCAUAUACAAUUCAAGCUACAAAGAGCAUGCAGAGAUGACGUCAAAACGUAUGCGAAGCUGGCCAAAAUCAAGUGCAGAAAGAGCCGGAGAUCUUGUUCAGUAUGCACUUGAUAAUGGUGGACGUCUGCCUCAUUUGAAGUCAAAAGCAAACACUCUGUACUGGUUUCAAUACUACUGUGUCGAUGUCAUUGCGUUGUUGCUUGCGCUGGCAGUGCUGUUGCCCUUAGUUAUCUUUAAAAUGCUGAGAUUCUUGCUUGCGUUGCUCUGGAGGAGUAGAGAGAAAUCGAAGAAGGAUUAGAAGAAGGAUAGUUUUUCCAUAUUUGUGCUGGCUGAAAUACAUUCGAUCGUUGGUACCAGCGCCUGCUAGGAGAGCUGCAGCUAAGGUUGAGAUACUAUCUUGAUUGCCUUGAUUUUUGAUGCUUUGUCCUCAAAGAAGCUUUGCAAUGCAGGUCUGGCUGUUUGAGGAGAGCCAUACCUCUUGCUCCUUCAACUGACAGAGGGGAGCUACAGAUUGCUCUCCUAAGUUGUUCCAAAACGCAAAUUGCUCUCUUUGAAAUCUAUUUCCCUUUGUUUCUUUUCUUAUUUACUUAUACAUAGCUCACCUGGAAAUUACUAGAAGAGCUGUUUACUGCUUAAAAUCUUAUGACCAGGCCUGUUUUGCAACCCAGCGCAGUUUUAUUUCUUUAUGUUUAUUUUAGCUUUUUAUGCGGUAUCCCGUUUUUGUUGCUUGAUAACGCUUUUAUUUGUAAGAUUUAGUAUUGAUUUAUCAUAUUAUAGCUUGUUACAUAUAAUUUUACAAAAAUAUGACAUAUUGAGUCAUUAAACAAAGAUAAUUCAAUCUCAAUAAUGAAUUGAAUUGCAUCUUUUCCGUUAUGACUCUUUGAGGUGUCUGACCACGAGUCCUUGAAUUUAGCCAAAAUGAAAUUGUAGUAGCAAUUUUAAGACAUUGCGUAAGAUUGAGACCUCUGAAAACCUGGGGAGUGGGAUUUGUGAUGGUUAAUGGAAUUUUUCAAAUUUAAUGACAAUACCUUGAAAUUUAGAGGGAUUUCAAACAUUCGAGACAUUUGUUGGCGUUUGUCUUAAAAAGUUGUUCCAGUUAAGCUGUAUUUGUUGACAGAUGAUUUGUUGCCAUCAGCAGCACAGUAAUCCAUUAUUGAGGUACAAACAAAAUAUGAUUUAUGAAAAUUAAAUAGCAGAGGGCCAAAUAUCGACUCUUGUGGGACUCCUCCAAUCCUUACCCAGAUGCUUUAGUGUCCUUUAACUUUUUUUUGUUUUCUUGCGGUGAGGUAAUCUUGUACAAGCAAGAGAUAACUUUUUGUCCUCUGUAAUGUAGCACCGAUAAAUUUGUUGCUUUCUAACCCGUUUUUCCAGUCCUCCAUCAGUCUAAAACGAGCGGGAAGAAAGGUAUUUCUAUACGCACAUGAAAGGUUAGGGAAUUUCUUUUCCAGAGCUCUAUUGCAUUUUCAAAUACUUUCAAAAAUGCUGUUAAUAGACAUUCAGGUCUAUAAUGUUCCUUGUUAAAGAGAUCUUUUUCAUAUAUACAGGCGAGACUAUUCCCUUUUUUGAUUAUUUAGGAAAGUUUCUGUACGUCCAGUAAGGACGGCAAAAUUGAAUAAAUUCAAACAAAUUUUGCAUGUUUAUCAUAUCAUAUCCUUUGCCUUCUUAUGGUAAAGACUGACAAUUAUAUAUCGUAGUUCGAAUUUAGAGACUUGCUGGAAGAUUAGAAUUGAAUCAUUAAUUGAGCAAUAUUUAUUUUAGAAAUGAUUUAAUGUUCUUGAAUAUACCUUAUCCGUAAUUGUAAAACGCACAGUUAGUUUUUUUGAGAGUCGAUGUCUGGGUAUGUAGUUGACAUAAACGGGUCUAGGGAGUUUCCUUAUUGUUAUAGACUGUAAGAAUGUGAAAUGAUUCGCUGUUGUGUCUUUAUAAAAUGUAAAAGCAUCAAAUAGAAUUCUUAGACUAAUGAAUUAUUGCUUUUAUGCGUUGGUCAUUUUAGAAAGUCAGUCUACCUAUAUACUAAGUCAGUCAGUCCAAGUCUUCUCAGCAAGAUUUUUUCCGUAA